AUGAACUGGGCAUUUCUGCAGGGCCUCCUGAGUGGCGUGAACAAGUAUUCCACGGCACUAAGCCGUAUCUGGCUGUCCAUGGUGUUCAUCUUCCGUGUGCUCGUGUACGUGGUGGCCGCCGAGGAUGUGUGGGAUGACGAACAGAAGGAUUUUAUCUGCAACACACAGCAACCAGGCUGCCCUAACGUCUGCUACGAUGAGUUCUUCCCUGUGUCCCACGUGCGCCUGUGGGCCCUGCAGCUCAUCCUGGUCACCUGCCCCUCACUGCUGGUGGUCAUGCAUGUGGCCUAUCGUGAAGAGCGUGAACGGCGCUACCGCCUAAAGCAUGGGCCCAAUGCCCCAUCACUGUACGACAAUGCAGGCAAGAAGCGAGGUGGGCUCUGGUGGACAUACUUACUGAGUCUCAUCUUCAAGGCCACCGUAGACACCAGCUUCCUCUAUAUCUUCCAUCGCCUCUACAAGGAUUAUGACAUGCCCCGUGUGGUGGCCUGCUCUGUGGAUCCAUGCCCCCACACUGUGGAUUGUUACAUCUCCCGACCCACAGAGAAGAAGGUCUUCACCUACUUCAUGGUGGCCACAGCUGUCAUUUGCAUCCUGCUUAACCUCUGUGAGGUCACCUAUCUGGUGGGCAAGAGGUGUAUGGAGAUCCUGGGCUCCAGGAGAGCCAAGGCUCCAUACAUAGGGCAUCAACUGAACUGUGCCCCCUCCUCCUGCAAGCAGGAUGGCCUCCUCUCAGGUGACUUCAUCUUUCUUAUCAAACCACCCUUAGGACCAUGUGAAGAAAACUCUCCUCACAGGCACAAAACCUUGUCCCUGUAUGAUGAGGUCAAGAAGCUCCAUGGGUGGUACUUUCUGAGUCUCAUCUUCAAGGCCACCUUCAAAGCCAUCUUCCUCUAUAUCUUACAUCACCUCUACAAGGAUUAUGACAUGUCCUGA